CGCUCGCGCUCUCUGCUCCCGGCUCUGCCACACGUUCACGGACGCGCUCCCCCCACGAACUCCGUGUAGACCACAGGCGCAGCUCCCACAGCGACAGGUCACAGGGACACUCGCUGGCCGGCCGUUCCAUCCAGCCUCACGUUGCCAGCCCCGGGCUCGGGGACACCACCCCAAGCAUCAGCACCAUGAACCAGGACCUGGAGACGCUGAUGGCCUUGGAACGGGCCCACAUCCUAGCCAAUUACACCCAGGCACGCAGAGCGGGGUCUCCAGGGGACGCUCGGGAAGGUGCCGACCUCUCGCUGCGCAGGCUCACGGACCAUCACGGCUUCCUGCAGGAGAAGGAGCUGCCCGGCCUCAGCCCCCGAGAGGCCAAGCAACAUCGCCAGGAGACCCGCAGGGCCGACAAGUGGGUGAAAAUGCUGAGAAACUGGGACCACUAGGGGCCCAGCGAGAAGAUGCAUCGGCGCCUCUAUAAAGGGGUCCCUCCCCAGGUGAGGGGGUCAGGUGUGGGCCCUCCUGCUCCAUAUUGAGAAGGUGAAGUCCACCCACCAGGGGCUCUACGAGGUAAGCCCUUGUGCCCUCAGCAGAGGCGUGGCCCUUGGAGGAGGCCUGGGCAGGAGCUGAAGACACCCCGCGG